AUGUCUGUCGAUGCACUUGCUGACAGCGUGGCUGCGACCACUGUGACCGAUAAGCCCGAGACCAACGGUGCUACCCCUGCUCAGGCUACUGAUGCUGCGGCUGCCAGCGCCGACGAGGGUCGCCGUCUCUACAUCGGAAACCUCGCGUACGCGACCACCGAGGAGGAGCUUAAGCAGUUCUUCAAGGACUACACUAUCGAGACCACCUCGAUUCCGGUGAACCCCCGCACCAACCGCCCGGUCGGCUACGCUUUCGUGGACAUUGCCACUGCUGCCGAGGCUACUGCCGCCAUUGAUGCUCUCUCUGGAAAGGAGAUUCUCUCUCGCAAGGUCUCUGUGCAGCUUGCCCGCAAGCCUGAGCCCGCUGAGGCCAAGGAAGGUGCUGCCAGCGGUGGCGAGGGUGCUAGCGGUGGCGAGGGCCGCAAGCGCACUGGUGGACGUGGACGUGGACGUGGCCGUGCCCGCGGUCGUGGCGGCCGUACUGGCCGUAGCCGAGCUGGACAGGACGGUCAGACCGAGGGUGAGCCUGCUACUGGCGAGGCUCCUCUCGCUGAGACCACCAACGACAACGACGCCGGCUCCGAAGCUGGCAAGAGCAAGGCUCGCGCCGCUCGCCCCCAGAAGCAGCGUGGUCCUCCCGAGGACGGCAUUCCGUCCAAGACCAAGGUCAUGGUUGCCAACCUCCCCUACGACUUGACUGAGGACAAGCUCAAGGAGAUCUUUGCCGACUACCAGCCCGUCUCCGCCAAGGUUGCCCUGCGUCCCAUUCCCCGCUUCAUGAUCAAGAAGCUCCAGGCUCGCAACGAGCGUCGCAAGACCCGUGGCUUCGGCUUCGUCAACCUUGCUUCCGAGGAGCUCCAGGCCAAGGCCGUCAGCGAGAUGAACGGCAAGGACAUCGAUGGCCGUGUCAUCGCCGUCAAGGUCGCCAUCGACAGUCCCGGCAAGGAGGAUGAUGUUGACGCUGCUGCCGAGAAGUUCGAGGAGUCCGCUCCCGCUGCCCAAGAGAACGCCGCUCCUGCCGCUACCGAGGCUUAA